AUGAUUGUAAGAGUAGCGUUUAUAAUAAUUACAUUUUUUAUUUGGAUAAACAGUGGUAUCAUUCAUACCGAAGAAUGUAAAGAAUGUAAUAAUCAACAUUUACAAGCUUUACUCUUAAAACAAAUAAAGAGCGUACGAAUAGAAAUGAUCAAGAAAAAAAUACUGGAUCAUUUUGGCAUCAGUCAGCCUUCAGACGUAAAUAAUACGACUCUACCAAGUAUUAUCGUAGACGGUACAAUAUGGAAAAAUAAAAAGGAGGUCGUAAUUAUCGAUAAUAAAGAAGAUGAUUACUAUGCAGUUACUGGAGAUAUUGUGCUUUUUCCUAAAAACGUUCUAGUGAACAAUACUUUUUCAAGAGUAACAUCCGUGGGCCUCAAUUUUUCUUUAUCUCACAGAAAUAUUUCUAAGGCAACAAUAGUUUCUGCAUAUUUAUGGAUGUAUUGUAAUCAACAAAGGUACAAUAACCACACAUACACUUUACAUGUGGAGUAUUUGGACAAGAAUGAAAAUGCAUAUGAAAGAACAGAAUUGCCAAUUGAACAUAUCUUGCCAGGAAAGUCAGAUUGGUAUAAAAUUGAAAUGACUAAAAUAUGGUCGAAUAAAUAUGAUAAUCUAAUUUUCAAAAUCCAUUGCGAUGCAUGUAAUCGACAGCCAAUAGCAACUCAAUACGAUAAAUGUCCUUUCAUCGUCUUUAAAAUUGGUAAAACGGUACCUUCCCGUAGAAAUAAACGUGCAGUAAAAUGUUUUGAAGGCUUGAAAAAUUGCUGUGUUCAGGAAUUCUACGUUUCCUUUGCCAGUCUCGGUUGGUCUAAAUGGAUAGUAGAUCCACCGGGUGUUACAGCUAAUUUUUGUAAAGGUAGUUGUUUAGAUGAUCCGACUCUUCCAAGAUUCCAUUAUCAAACUAUCAUUCAAAAGUAUUUGGAAGAAAAGAAUAUGCAGAGUCAGAAUAGUAAUAUUUCUUUAUGUUGUUCGCCAUCAUUAUUAUCUUCAUUAACAGUAACAGUCAGUCAUUCAGGAACAAUUUCAACCGAAGAAAUACCAAAUAUAAUAAUAGAAGAUUGUGAUUGUGUAUAGGAUUUUAAAUUUUCGUUUAUUCGGCUUAUAAUGUAUUAAAUUAGAACUUUGUGAUGAAAUAUAAAGCGUUAUAACAUAUUUAGGGUAUCUCGAUGUAUUGUAUUUGGACCUUAUUGUACUUUGACUUAAAAGGUGAAUAUGGUAAAUAAUCAUUAUCAACCAAGUUCGUUCUUAUUGUUAAAUAAAACUGUAAGUAUUCGA